AUACUUAGUAGAGUUUCGACAGAUAUUGUGUUCCACAAUGAGUUUCAAAAAUAAGGUCGUGAUUGUGACUGGGGCAAGUUCUGGGAUCGGUGCGGCCACAGCCAUAGCCUACGCGAAGGAAGACGCCGACGUAGUUCUGGUGGGGAGAAACGAGACAAAACUGGCAAAAACUGAAGCGAAGUGCGUAGAAAAUGGGAAAUCUCCAUUCGUUAUCAAAGCAGACGUGUCCAAACCUGAUGAAGCAAAGAAGAUUAUCGAUGAUACUAUUGCGAAAUUUGGUAAAUUAGAUAUACUUGUGAAUAACGCUGGAAUUGCUGAUGUUGCAACUGUUGUGAGUGAAAAUGCUAUGGAGGUGUUCGAUAGAAUUAUGAACACUAAUUUGCGUGCUGUAGUAUACCUUACAAACUUGGCAGCGAAUCAUCUUAUUCAGACUAAAGGCAAUAUAGUCAAUAUUUCUAGUGUCGCUGGUCGAGCAGUUUUAGACGGACUUUCAGCAUAUAUGACUUCAAAGGCAGGGCUUGACCAUUACAGCCGUGGAGCAGCUAAAGAAUUUGCAAAAUUUGGGGUAAGAGUGAAUGUGAUUAGUCCCGGACCUGUAAUAACUGAUAUACAGCAAACUUUACCAGCGGAUUUCGAGCCUGAGACGAGACCCAUGCCACUUGAAAGAUUUAGCGAGGCUGAAGAAAUUGCCGAUUUAAUUUUAUUCCUGUCCGGUGAUAAAGCUGUUGGUAUUACUGGAUCCAAUUUUGUGUCUGAUAAUGGAAUGUUGUUAUAAUGAGACGAUGAGUACAUGAUUUGCAAAAUGAAAUACCUAUAAUUGUGCAAUACAGUUGUGUAAUAUUUUUUUUUUAUUUUUAGACGUUGUUGUCACAAAUCUUGUAAGUGUUUUUACCUGCUAAAGUUAUUUCUUUCGGAGAAGUUGUUUUUAAUUCAAUUACUUAACGGAAAGUACUUAUUUUUUAUUUUAUUUAUUGGUUAUGACAAUAUUAUCUGUAUCUAACUCUAUGUGGUUCACUUUCUCUAAUAAACGUUCACGUUUCUCCGUA